AUGAUCGAGAUAAGUAAACCAGAAGUACCUGAAAAGAAAAUUGAACCAUCACAUGUGGUCACCGAACAACCAGGCUUAAUAACAUCGGGGUUGCUAUCCACUCUUUUGUUAGAGAAAGGCCCCUUGGCAAUUAGGCACAUUACUAGAGCAAUAAAUGAAAAAGUUCCUGAGUUUAAAGAUUUAUCAGCAUCAAAACAGAGAAGAUUAAUUAUGGGAGCCAUGGAAACCGGUGAUAAAGAUCAUGGAGUCCUAUUUGAGAAAGUUGGAUGGGGCCAAUGGGCUGCCAAGAAGGUUGAUGAUAUGACAACUUUUGAUAAAGAAUUAGAAUCAAUUAGGAUUGCAAAUUUGAAAGUUAGAGAUAAUCUGAAAGAAGAGAGUGCCAAUGCUAGAAGGAAGAGUUCUACUCAUUCUGCAACAAAUAAGCCUAUGGUACGGAAACCGGAAAGUAACAAAUCCAAGAUUAAAAGCCCCUUAGCAACUGGGUCUGAUGUUGCAACGUCACAGCCACCACCACCAAUACCUCCGUUAUAUAUAGAUGAAGAGGUAUUGGCGUCAGAUGAAGAUGAGUACGAAGAGGAAAAUAACCCGAUGUUUAACUUUAAGGACAGGAGAACUUCGACAGUUGUCUAUGCAGAUUCGUCUCCAGAGGCUGUGGAACAGGGAAUCGUGGCUAAGACGAUUCGACCAUUACUAAGCUCUAACAGAAUGCGGAGAUCAAGUUCCAAGACGAAUAGUAAGAAAAGCCCUUUCCUAGCUAAGCAUGAUAAGCCUCCAUUGGGUAAAGUAGAUCUUGACCUAUUGCUACCCAAUUCAGGUGUCUUAAGUGAACCUACAUCAAGAAGAAGAUCACGUAGCUCUUUCUCCAAGGAAUCCGGAAUCAGAUCAACAUUAUUUGCUGGACCCACAGACACCUCAUCGUCAUUAACAAAACCUACUGUAUUGUUCAAACAACCUAACAAGAAUAUACAGACAAUUGAAUCAUUUUCACCGCAGACGGCAGAAGAGAAGGAUACUGGCAGGCAGACGCCGUCGGAUACUACCGAGGAGGAAGAUUGGGCAGCUAUUGGGGCAGACAAUUUGCUCACUCUCAAGGACCAGCAUCAUUUAGCAACCACCAAGAGAACCACUCCGGAAGACGAGACCCAUGGUGCUCGAUUGUUGAUGAACUUGAUGAAAUAA